AUAUGGCCAACUUACUUGAAGUACCAAGUGAACCAGCAACUUCAAAUACUUCUUCGCCUUCAUUUCUACUAUUAGCAAAUUGUAUAGGUAGAACCAUUACCGUCCAUGCAUGAAAAAUCCGAAAAAAAGGCGAAAUCAGUCAUUGUAAAAGUAUAUCUGGGUAAAUAGAACUUUUCUCGAAAAUGAUAGAAACCUCAAGAACCGCACCCCCUCUCCUUGUACAAAAGAAAGCCUUUCUUUUUCCAUUUCGUGCAACAAAAUCAAAAGCUUGUAAAGAUAACUAUGGCAGACAAACCCAAGAAGCCUCAUGCCAUCUUCAUCCCUUACCCUCUUCAAGGCCAUUUAAUACCAUCCGUUCACCUUGCUAUCAAGCUUGCUUCUCAAGGUUUCACCAUCACCUUCAUCAACACCUACUCCAUCCACCACCAGACCUCUAAAGCGGCCCUGACCAAAACAGGAGCCGGACCGGACAUGUUCACUACCGCCCGUGAAUCAGGUCUUGACAUCCGGUACACCACCGUCUCCGACGGGCUACCCAUUGGGUUCGAUAGGUCAUUGAACCAUGACCAAUUCAUGGCAGCCUUAUUGCAUGUGUUCUCAGCUCAUGUAGAAGAGGCUGUGGCCGAGAUUGUUUCUUCUGGAGAGGAUGUGCACUGCUUGAUUGCUGAUACAUUUUUCGUUUGGCCUUCAAAGAUUGCCAGUAAAUUUGGACUAGUACAUGUUUCCUUUUGGACAGAACCUGCUCUGGUAUUUACUUUGUAUUAUCAUAUGGAUCUCUUAAGGAUACAUGGUCAUUUUGCUUGUCAAGAUUGUCGCGAAGAUACCAUAGACUACAUACCGGGAGUGGAAGGAAUCGAACCGAAAGAUACGACGUCGUAUCUUCAAGAAACAGAUACAACAUCGGUUUGCCAUCAAAUUAUUUUUAACUGCUUCAAUGAUACUAAAAAUGCAGAUUUUGUUAUAUGCAAUUCGGUGCAAGAACUUGAAUCUGACGUCCUAUCGGCAAUACAUGCCAAAAUUCCAUUCUAUGCGAUUGGACCCAUCUUGCCAAAUGACUUUGGCAAGAGCAUUCUGUCCACUAGCCUGUGGUCCGAGUCCGAUUGUAUCCAAUGGCUAGACCAAAAGCCCAACGGCUCAGUCUUGUAUGUGGCAUUUGGUAGCUAUGCCCAUGUUUCAAAAAAUGAUCUUAUAGAAAUAGCAAAUGGGCUUGCCCUCAGCAAAGUGAGUUUUGUUUGGGUGCUUCGCCCCGAUAUCGUGAGCUCGGACGAGACUGAUCUGUUACCCGAUGGAUUUAAGGAAGAGGUUUUAGACCGUUCGAUCAUCAUACCUUGGUGCAAUCAACAUUCAGUGCUGACUCACCCAGCAAUAGGAGGGUUCUUAACACAUUGUGGAUGGAAUUCCAUACUAGAAAGUAUAUGGUGUGAAGUACCAUUAUUGUGUUUCCCUCUAUAUACUGAUCAAUUCACUAACAGGAAACUAGCGGUUGAUGAUUGGAAGGUUGGCAUUAACAUGAGUAAUAUGAAGUUGAUCUCCAAAGAGGAUGUUGCAAACAAUAUUAACCGUCUGAUGUGUGGAAAUUCAAAAGAUGAGCUCAGGAACAAAAUUAAGGAGGUCAAGAAGACAUUGGAAAAUGCAGUGUCACCUGGUGGGUCAUCAGAGCAAAAUAUGGCCCAAUUCAUGAAGGAUUUAGAGGACAGGAUUGAAAAGAAAGCACAAGCCAAGGAGCCAAUGUGUAAUGGCACUUAAAAUACCCAAUUUCCAUGAUUCCAUGUAUUAUUUUCUUCUUACAGUGUUUUUGUCAAUACUUGUAACUAGGGGUUGUUUACUUGCUUUGAUCUUUAUAUUGUUUAAAUUCCAAAGGGGUAAGAUGUAAGAUAUCAUUACUUAGCUA